CUCUCUCUCUCUACCACACAGAUCUUUCUAUCUUUCUCUGUCUAUAUAUACACGCGCCUCCCCUUUCCACCCAUCUCUUUUCCUCUACCCCGUCUUUUCCUUUCCUUUCCACCCCUCGCGUGCCCUAAUUUCUCGCUGUCCUUGUCGCCCACCUCCUCCACUUCUAUACAUACACAAGCUCACUAAGCCGGGGAAAAGAAUCUUUCUGCUCACAACUCCCUAUCCCUGCCUCCUCUCUUCUCCAGCCAGCUCCCUCUUCUCCGUGCAAUUAUUUGGGCUCCUCUCCUCUUUGUCUGAAGGUGGCAAAGAACUCAGCAAGGAUGGUGUAGCCGUGCCUCUGGAUGGAUGGAACUGUGGGAGCAGAGCGCAUUAUGAGCUGUGGGAGUGAGGGAUGGGCGAUGGCCUGUGCAGAUGAAGGAGCGACAGCGCUGGCGGCCUGAGGAAGACGCCGUCCUGCGCGCGUACGUCCGGCAGUAUGGCCCGCGCGAGUGGCACCUGGUGUCGCAGCGCAUGAACGUGGCCCUCGACCGCGACGCCAAGUCGUGCCUCGAGCGGUGGAAGAACUACCUCCGGCCGGGGAUCAAGAAGGGCUCGCUCACCGAGGAGGAGCAGCGGCUGGUGAUCCGGCUGCAGGCCAAGCACGGAAACAAGUGGAAGAAGAUAGCCGCCGAGGUGCCCGGGCGCACGGCCAAGCGGCUCGGCAAGUGGUGGGAGGUGUUCAAGGAGAAGCAGCAGCGGGAGCUCAGGGACAGCCGCCGCCCGCCGCCAGAGCCCAGCCCCGACGAGCGGGGCAGAUACGAUUGGCUGCUCGAGAACUUCGCCGAGAAGCUCGUCAACGAGCGGCAGACCGCGCCGCUGCUGAUGGCCGCACCCGUGCUGCCGCCCUGGCUGUCGUCCAACGCUGGGGGCGCCGCUGUCGCGCCGCCGCCGCCCAGACCUCCGUCUUCGCCGUCCGUGACGCUCAGCCUCGCGUCCGCUGCGGUGGCGCCCCAGGCCGGCCCGCACGCCGCGCCGUGGAUGCCGGAGCGCGCCGCGGCGGAGUUCAGGUUCCCGAGCCCGCAGGCCCCCGGCGCGCCGCCGCCCGGGGUGCCGAGCAUGGCGGUGGCGGAGGGGCAGGCGCUGGCGGAGCUCGUGGAGUGCUGCCGCGAGCUAGAGGAGGGGCAGCGCGCGUGGGCGGCGCACCGGAGGGAGGCGGCGUGGCGGCUGAAGCGCGUGGAGCAGCAGCUGGAGAUGGAGCGCGAGAUGCGGCGGCGCGAGGUGUGGGAGGAGUUCGAGGCCAAGAUGCGCACGAUGCGGCUGGAGCAGGCGGCCGCCGCGGAGCACGUGGAGAGGGAGCACCGGGAGAAGGUGGCCGAGCUGCGCCGCGAUGCCCAGCUCAAGGAGGAGAAGAUGGCCGAGCAGUGGGCCUCCAAGCACGCGCGCGUCGCCAAGUUCCUCGAGCAGGUCGGCUGCUCCCGCCCCUGGUCCUCCGCCGACAUGAACUGAAAACACCUGCUGACCACCUCUGAUCCGCCGCCGCCAUCGCCGCCCAUCCCACUCCAUUGACACUAGAGCCUUCUUGGACGCGACAUGUAAAACCAAUCUCAGACGCCGCCGCCAUGAAUCUCUUGCUCGUUCGCUUUACUUUCUUUUCUUGUUCUUCUUUCACAACUGUUGUUAAGGUUCACUGCUUCUCUCUCAAGUUGAUCAGAAUUUCAGAAAAAUGUAAUGCUACUGCUGCUGCUGCUGUCUUUGUUUCUUCUCUCUAAGCUUACAUUCUGUUAGUCUUUGAA